AUGUUGAAGUAUAGCUUUGUGAGUACAGGAUUAUCAAGCGGUAUUGGAGGAGUGGCAAAACGUUAUAUUGAUGUGGAUCAUGCUGAUCUUCAUCAUAUUAUGCUAUGUCGGGACCCCCAAAAAGUUGCAAAAUCGGCCAACCUUUCUUUGGUAAAAUGUGAUCUUUCGUCCAUUUCCAGUGUGAAAGAAGCAAUGACUCAAGUAAAGAAACUAAUUGACAACGGCAAAGCUCCCCCAAUUAAAUAUUUGUUGAACAAUGCUGGUGCUUCGUUCAAUAAUCGCACAAGGGCCACAGAGGACGGUUUCGAAGCAACGUUUCAAAUCAAUGUAAUUGCACCUUUUAUCAUUGUCAGAGAGUUGUUGCCAUACUUGAGAAAGGUAUCUGAGCCUAGGAUCUUUGUGACUGGAAGCAAUGUUCAUUUUGCUGAUAAAGAGCACAACCAUGGAUUCGUUCCUCCACUCUAUUGGAACGACAACGAUGUUCGUGAAAUAAUGCUUCCAACGAAGACUGGUGGAGAUCCUGAUCCUACUACUACCACAGCAGGUGGCAGAGCUUAUGCAGUCAGCAAAAUGGCUGUUCUUUAUCUCAUGUAUAAAUUUGCAGCCGAUAACAAGGAUGUCAAAUUUAUCGUUUAUGAGCCAGGUUUUGUUCCAACUAGUGGUUUAUUCAGAGAUAAUUCUGCUGCUGGGAAAGUAAUGUUCACAUUGGGAUCUUAUGUGUUCAGAAUGCUUGGCUGGGCUACUACGGUUCCCAAGGCUGGUAAGCUUCUUGCAGAGUGUGCUUUUGAUGAAAAGAUAUAUCAGCAAGCAAACAAUGUAGCUUAUUGUGACCAGGGAAAGAUAAUUAGGACCUCUGACGAUUCUUAUAAUAAGAAGAGACAGGAGCAAUUGUGGAAUGAGCUUAUCAGUGUGUGUAAUUGA